AUGCAAAAAAAUUUAGUUGUAAAAAUCCUAGAGAUCACUACUGAAUGUUAAUUUAGAUACUAAAACAAAAGGAAUCAACACAACACAAACUCUGGAUAGAAGCAAUUUAAUUGUUUUAGGAAAACGAUAAUUUAAGGAAGAAAGGAAAAUUUGCCUAAAAUUCCUUCAUUUGAUAAUCUAUAACCUAGGACUUUUCAUAAGCAAGACUUUGAUCUACUUCAUAUCUUUUAUGAAUAUCAUCAGCAACAAAAAAGUAAUAAGAAUAGUCUCCUUAAAGAAUAAUAACAAUUAAGUAAUAUAUAAUUGAGUCUUAGUUCUCUGAGUUUUAGAAAUAAUAUUCAAAGUAAAGAUAAAAUUCAACAAUUUAUUAGCUAAUUGAAUGAAAUUACAGAACUUAAUAAAAAAGAUCUUUAUUUAAGAAUGUAUAAUUAAAUAAAUUGUAUCUUUAAGAAAUAAGAUCGAAUCAUCAUCCUCAAGCUAAAUUUCACUAAGAACAAAGUAUAUUUAUCUUAAUACAAUUAUUAGUUAUGUUAGUGCACUAAUGAAAUUGGCUUAUGA